AUGGUGGCUAUCUCAAAGCCCGCAAUCCAACAGUACCCGAAGUCAAAACCCGGCCCGACAUUUCCCCCAAUCAUCCCGUUAAUCGACCUCUCCCGGCCCGACUCGUCGGCCAGGCUCGUCAAGGCCUGCGAAGACUUCGGCUUCUUCAAGGUCGUCAAUCAUGGCGUCCCGUUCGAGCUUAUCAACGACCUGCAAACUGAGGCCGUCCGGUUCUUCUCUCUGCCCCCGGCCCACAAGGAGAAGGUCGGGCCGCCGAGCCCAUUUGGCUACGGGGACAAGAAGAUCGGCCCGAAUGGGGACGUGGGCUGGGUCGAGUAUUUGCUCUUAGCCGCCGGAGACCGGUCGGCCCAUCUCAAGUUCGCCGCCAUUUUUGGCGAGGCUGCUGAUAAUUUCCGCUUUGUGGUGAAUGAAUAUUUGAAGGCAGUGAAGAAAAUGGCAUGUGAAGUUCUUGAGAUGUUAGCUGAUGGGCUUCAGAUUCAGCCAAGAAACACUUUCAGCAAACUUCUAAUGGAUGAAGAGAGUGACUCUAUUUUUAGGCUAAACCACUAUCCACCACGGCCCGAUUAUCCAAACUCGAAAGACAUUAACCUAAUCGGGUUUGGGGAGCACACCGACCCGCAGAUUAUAUCCGUUUUGAGGUCCAAUAAUACUUCGGGCCUCCAAAUCUCGCUUAAGGAUGGUAGCUGGAUUUCUGUCCCGCCAGACGAGAGUUCUUUUUUCAUUAAUGUUGGCGAUUCAUUGCAGGUAAUGACAAAUGGAAGGUUUAAGAGUGUAAGGCAUAGGGUUUUGACCAACACCUCAAAGUCAAGGCUUUCAAUGAUUUAUUUUGGAGGGCCACCAUUGAGUGAGAAAAUAGCUCCAUUGCCUUCAUUAAUGGAAGGUAGAGACAGCUUGUACAAGGAAUUUACAUGGUUUGAGUACAAAAAAUCUGCUUACAAAUCAAGACUAUCUGAUAAUAGGCUAGGCCUCUUUGAAAAAUUAGCAGCCUCCUAA